CUUGCAAGUCGAUCCAAAGGUUGCGACGCCACCAACGACGACUACUGCUGUCCGCGCAGUAUCGAAAACACGACGACACAGGCCCUUGUUUCGACGUCGACAUCUGCACAUCGACACAGAUACAUAUUCGCGAUGCCGUCAUCACUGGCCGACCUGAUUUCGGCCCUGCCCGAGGGCGACGGCUGGGGCCCCGCCCCGGUCACUGAGACCACCAUCGACGGCGUCCCCUAUGCGCCGUUCUCGAAGGGCGACAAGCUCGGUCGGAUGGCCGACUGGGGCACGGACGGAAAGGAUGGCAGAGACGGACGUGGUGGCAGACAGCAGUUUGGUCGCAACUUCAGAGACCAGCAGAUCUACGGUGCCGGCAGCGCCGGCCUCUUCGUCGCCCCUGUCACCGAAGGCGAUGAGAACUCGUUCUCUGUCGUCAGCAGAGAGCCCACAAAGACUCGCUUCGGACGCGGUGGUGUCUUCACAGCACGUGGCCGUGGCCAGCGUGGCGGUCCCGCCGGCACUGCCCGGGGUGGUCGUCAGACCUUCCAGCGCUCCGGAAGAGGGGGUCAACAAGGCUAUGGUGGCUACGACAACCGCGGCGGACGUGGUGGACAGCGCGGAGGUGGCCGUCGUUUCGGCUGGAAGGAUUACGACAAGCCUCAACGCAACCGUGAUGCCUCUAUCAACAUCAAGGCCGACUGGAGCCUGCUCGAGGAGAUCGACUUCAACAGACUGGCGAAGCUCAACCUGGAUGCUGAUGAGGGUGAGGAUGUCGAGAGCUACGGUUUCGUCCACUACUACGAUCGCUCUUUCGACAAGCAGCCUGUCAAGUCUGCCGAGCGCAAGCUGCUGGCCGUCGACCGUGCUCUGUACAAUGUCACAACCUCGUCCGACCCUGUCAUCCAGGAUCUCGCCGAGAAGGGCGAGGCCAGCAUCUUUGCCACAGACAGCAUUCUUUCCAUGCUCAUGUGCUCGACGCGCUCGGUCUACUCCUGGGACAUUGUCAUUGUCAAGCAGGGCGACAAGGUCUUCCUUGACAAGCGCGAGAACGCCACUCUGGACCUGGUCACCGUCAACGAGAAUGCCGCCGAUGCGCCGAUGGAGGCUGUCGAUGGCAACAAGGAGGGUAUCAACCAGCCCCACGCCCUGGCUGAGGAGGCCACCUACAUCAACCACAACUUCGCCAACCAGGUGGUUGUUGAGAGCGAUAACAGCAAGGUCGAGAUGGAGCACGAGAACCCCUUUUACAACGCGGCUGAGGAGACCGAGCCCCCGGCCAGCAAGGCGUACAAGUACAGGAGGUUUGACUUGUCUACCAGCGAGGAGGACCCUAUGUACCUCAUUGUGAGGACAGAGCUCGAUGCCGUCCAGAAGAACGCCCUCAGCGGAGAGGACCAGUUUGUGGUUCUGAAGGCGCUCAACGAGUUUGACAACAAGGCCCAGGGCAGCGGCGGCGCGCUCGACUGGCGGACCAAGCUUGCCAGCCAACGUGGUGCUGUUGUCGCUACCGAGAUGAAGAAUAACAGCGUCAAGCUUGCUCGCUGGACCGUCCAGAGUAUCCUGGCCAAGGCCGAUGUCAUGAAGCUUGGUUUCGUCUCUCGUGUCAACCCCAAGAUCAACGACAAGCACGUCAUUCUGGGCGUUAUCGGCUGGAAGCCCCGGGACUUUGCUAACCAGAUGAACCUGUCGCUCGCGAACGGCUGGGGUAUUGUCCGCACGAUUGCCGACAUGGUUCUCAAGCGCGAGGAUGGCAAGUUUAUCCUCGUCAAGGACCCCAACAAGUCAAUCCUGCGCCUGUACGAGGUCCCUGCCGGUAGCUUUGACGAGGACGAUGAGGAGGAGGAUGCUGGCAUCGCGGAGCAGGCCGACGAGUAAAAAGUUUAAUGUGCUUGGGGUAUGAGAGGAUGUGCGUGAACCGUCUUUAGAUUAUGCCAAAUAGAUCUGGUAGCAUCCAAAAAGGAGUUUGGUCAUUUGGAAUGAGUGGUUCAUGAGUGUAGUACGUCUCACACGAUUUGGA